AGUGUUGUUAAAUGUGUCAGAUGUUAUGUCAACUAAGCCGCAUUUCGCUUAGAAUUUCUUUAACUAAAUGUUGCAAUAACUGAUAGUAAUUGUUUAAGUACAUGUCUAAAAACAAAAAGGAUCCGUGCAAACCAUACGCGUGCCGAAUACAAGCUUGUCUAUCAGCAAACGAUUUUCAGGAGCGUCGUUGUGCUGAGGAGCUGGAGCAGAUGCGUCAGUGUUGCUUAAAGUGGCAUAAGGAAUCGCUUUGUUGCAGCGGCAUUGAUUUAAAUAAAACAUACAUUACUAAGAAAGACGACAAGGACAAGGGACGAGAGCCCAAAGAGUGCAACUAAAUAAUGUCCACACCAGCCUCUGUGCCGCCUUAUAAGCCGCCGAAGGAACUAGAAAACUUGAUUA